AUGAAUAUAAUUUUUCUGUUUUCUUUCUUUUUUUCUCUCUUUCUCUCAUUCUUUUUCUGGUCUUUUCUCUCUCUCUCUCCUCUCUCUCUCUCUCUCUCUCUCUCUCUCUCCUCUCUCUCUCUCUUCCACUUUUACCUUUUUCAUUCGUCUGUCUUUCUCAUUGUUUCUACUCCUCACGUUUUCUUUUCUAUCUCAUGUAAGAAAAAAAAAAGCUGUAGCCUCUCUCUUUCUUUAACUUCAUUCUUCACCCUCCAUUACCGUCCCUCCCACCACGGGAAUCACACACUGCAGUUAUUUAUCCCCCCACACCGCCAUCACAGUCACAAUAUUAGCCACGUCAACCUACAUUCAUAUUAUAAUCAAGAUGCAUCUUUCAUUGUUCCGACGCCAUAUUUCAAUUUAAAUCUCUCUCCUUUUUUUCUUUUUUUUUUCACAGUUUUUUUUUCUGAUUUCUUACCUUCCCUUUUUAUUUUUUAUUUUUUUAUUUCCAUCUUCAUAUUUUUCUUCAUUCGUUUUCUUCUUACUUCCUUUUCUUCUCUACGUCAUUCCGUUCGGCUAUUUCUUUUAGAAGUCUUCCAUUUUGCUCCUUCUCUUCGAAUUCUUCAGGUUUUCUUUUACAUUUCCCACCAGGCAGUACUGAAUGAUUUAUAG